AUGGCAGACGUACCGUCCGAACUACCCGAGCACUCCGCCGAGGGUGCAUCUCGAGGCCUUGGUGCGGCGGCAGGGGACCACGGGAACGUAGAGGAAGGUACCGGGCGCGCACCUGCCGGCCGCGAGGACGACGGGGCCUCGAGCGACGGUGACGCGUACUCCGACGAUGCAGAAGAGGCCAGCGACGCCGGCAGUGCCGGGCGUCACGCAGGGCAGGACGCCCGCGGGCGGGAGGAGGUUGGGCCCUCUGCCGAGCCAGGAGGCCACGUCCGUGCCAGCAACGCCGUCGAGCGCGCUGGUGGCGACAGCGGUCUAGAAGAGGACGGUGCCGUGACGCAACGCCAGGCCGAGGGUGUCGCUGACGGCGCGCAGGAGCACAGCAGGAGCGGCGAUGACACGGAGCCGUUGCGAGGCGACGCGAACGAGGGCGCGACGCACAACUCCGGCGCCGAAGAGAGUCCCGACGUCGCAAGGGGCGCCGGCGCGCCGCGUCGCGGAGGGGCGGCCGCAUCGCCUGAGGCACGCAGGGGCAAAACAAGCCCCCCCCCCGGCCCCGAAGACGAGCUGUCGGACCUGCUGGACUCCAUGGGAGUGUCGCGAGAGUUGGCCGGCCGCCUCGGGGACCGGUUGCGGGAGUACGCCGAGAUGGACCGCACGGCGCUGCUUCGCGCAGUGCUGCAGCUGGAGGGCGUCAUGGGAGAGCUCGAGGAGCGGGUGCAAGUGGAGGAGGACACACGGCGCGAGCUGGAGGACAUGCUGGUGCGCCUCGAGAAGCACCUGCAGGCGGAGGAGGCGGCUAGACACAGCGCAGAGGCGCGAGAGAGGGACCUGGAGACCUCGGUCAUCGAGAGAGACCGUGCAACGGCGAAGAACGACGACCUGAUGCGCGAAAUGGAGGCGGAGCUGGAGGCGGCGCGCGUGGACGCCAGGAGGGCGGAGGAGCGGUUGACUCAGGCGGUUGAAGUCGCACGCGCACACGUGGCAGCGUCGUGGCAGGUGCGGUUCGCGGAGAUGCAGGCGAACCUGAUGACGCAGGUGCACGCCAUCCAGGCGGAGAACGAGCGGCUCGCGCGGGAGCUGCAGUUCCGCGGCGAGCUGAUGGGCAAGGAAAUCGCGCAGUGGAAGGCGCACGCUGAGCAGAGCUCGCGGGCGGUGCUCGAGGCGCGGGACGAGGUCAUCGCGCGCCGGCGGGAGCUCGACAAGACGAACGCGCACCUCAACCGGAUGAUGGAGAGCCUGGCCAUGGGAUCCGACGUGAUGCACUUGGAUGCCAAGAAGGGGAACAAGGCCGGGCCAACUGUCGCCAACAAGGCGCGGAAGCCGGCCAAGCCCAGCACGUUCCUGACUUCGGGCCGAGGUGGCCUCCCGGCCCUGCCGUCCCCGGCCCGUGCGCAGCCGAAGCAGGGCAACGCGGCGGCUCAAAAGCGACAGCGGCCCGCCGGCGCUGCUGGGACAGACUCGGCCACGGCCGUGCAGGACUGGAACGGGGCCGCCAUGUUCCCGCCCGUGCGUGGGGCCCAUGGCGACCCCACGGGCCAGUUCAGGCAGAUGCAGGGCAUGGCGCAAGCGUGGCCCGGCUACGGCGGUCAGGGGCAGCCGUCUUUCAGGCCGGACAUGGCGCAGCAGCAGUUCCAGCAGCAGCAGCAGCAACAGAUGAUGCAGCAGCAGAUGAUGCAGCAGCAGAUGCUACAGCAGCAGAUGCAGCAGCAACUGAUGGCGGGAGGCCAGAAUGCGGCUUCACAGGGCAUGCCGCAACGUGGAUACUGGAACACAAGCGGCAGCGGCUUCACCAACGGGGCGUACGCUCCGACGGGCUACAGCUCGCCGUCGUUCGCGGAGCAGUCGCCCAAAGCGGCUGCGCCCCCCGAGCCAAAGCCAGUGGCGCGCAAGAAGGCCAAGCCGCUGCCGAAAGUGAGAGACCGAUUUGAGGAGGGCGCCGCGCAAGACCGCAUGCUGUCGUACGGUCGUUGA